UGGGGUCAAAGCUGACGCAUUUUCUUCACAAUUUUGUCUGAACACAAAGACCCCCAAAAUCGGAUUUAUACAUUGGUACUGAGACUUUCUUGUUUGAAUCUUCGGGUUUAUCCGUCCAAUUUGCUCUCUUCUCUAUUUUAUCUAAAUGUGAAUGGUUCUGAGAACCUUCUUUUAUCUUUAUAGCCUUAUUAUUACAAAAAUUCGAUUUUGGUUGAUAACCUUGAUAGUGGGGCGUUAUCAAUUUUGUCCAUGGAAGUCGUGGCGUAUUUGAAGUCCGGGGUUCUUGUAAAGUUUCUUGAUGAUAUGAAAAUGGGGGGUAAUGCCUCCGAGGAUGAUGGAAAACCAAUAUUGUUGCAAAUCAGAAGCAUCAUUCCUGUUCUUGAAGAAGGCAAUCUUUGGCCUAACAGAGGAUUUUACCUUAAAGUUUCAGAUACUUCACAUGCAAUGUAUGUUUCUUUUCCCGAUGAGCAAAAUGAGAUGAUUCUUGCAAACCAAUUGAAAUUGGGUCAAUUCAUUUAUGUACAGAAAUUGGAGGAGGCUCAACCUUUUCCAUUGCUAAGGGGCGUAACCCCUCUCCCUGGUAGGCACCCCUGUGAGGGAACCCCUGAAGAUAUUGUUUCGGUCGCAAAUGUAAUGAACUUUCUUCAGCCAUCUAAUUCUGAUUGUAUUGUUGAAAAAAGUGUAAUUUUGGAGAAUAGGAUUACUGAAAUCCCAUCCAAUUCAAGAAAAUUGUUUCGUGGAUUAUAUGAUCCUGAGGGGUUGAAGAAGAAAAAUGAUCAUUUGGAAAGAAAAUCUAAGGGCAAAGUUUGGUCUCGGAGUGCUUCAAAAGUUUGUUCAGGAGAGAAGAUGAUGGGCUUGGAUUCCACUGCUAAAAGAUCUGACAGUGAGAGGAGAAAUUCUGAUCUUUUCCAAGAACUAUAAAAGAGUCGGAAAAGAUCUUUUGAUAUUGAUGGUGAUACAGAAAGCAUAUUGUCAUCGCUCUCAUAUUCGCCUAAUAAUUCAAAGAGAAGAAGUUGGAACGAGUCAGAGAUUUUGAGAGUUAAAGAAAUCUUCGAUUCUUCAGUUGUCAAGAAUGAUAUCAAACCACCCCGUAGUAAUAGUCCUAUUACAGGUUUCAUCAGCUGGUUCUGUAAGGUACAAUAGCUCCAAUGAAAAUUCAAGUUCAAUAUCACGAAGAAGAGAAGUUGCCUCUGCAAAGAAAAUGAAGAGUUCCACUAAGACCAAAGCUUCUUUCUCCAAGAUAACUAGUGAGCAAGCCUCACAUCCAAUUGAUCGCUUAGCUAAUGACAGACGAGGGUCAGAAACUGGUAUAUCAUGGGACUCACUACCCUCGAGCUUGGUGAAGCUUGGAAAGGAGGUUGUAAAGCAAAGAGACAUUGCUCUGGUUGCAGCUACUGAUGCUUUGCAAGAAGCGUCUGCAGCUGAGAGAUUGCUCAAUUCCUUAAGCAAGUUCUCAGAGUUCCAUUUAGCUGAAGAAGAUGAUCUCCAGCCUCACGUCGAUAAAUUUUUUGAUCUUCAAGAUGACAUGGCUCAAACACGAUUAACAUUACAGCCACUUAGAAAUAUAAGUCCACUUAGAACUUCACGACAAGCUGAUCAUACAAGUAACACCAGUUCAGUUAAGGAAGCAUUGCCCAUUUCAGUUCAGAGAAAGAAAAAUUCAUCUAUGUGGAUAAAAUCUGCUGUGGCUCUUGAUCUUUCCCCAUGCUCCAAUGCUCUUAAUCCAAUCCAUAACAUUAUGGCUGUCACAAAUACUCUGAAGAAGUCAAGAAUAUCAAAUCGAAAUACUAAACCAGAAGGGUCAUAUUUUAUCAAAUCACAUAGGAACACUGAUGAUAUUCCCUUAUUGUCAUCUGACAAAGAUGAGCAACCUGAAUGGACUGGGGGAAGCACAAUGCCUACAGUCACUGUCCUCGCUUCUUCAUUGCAAGACCAGUGUAGAAAAUUGUUUUUGGGACAUGUAGAGAAGUAUCUAAAUGAGGUUGAAAUAAGGGCCUCUUCAAUGGUUUUAGAUAGUCAAAUAGCAGGAAUGAUGUAUAAGGUGAAGAGAGUCAAUGAUUGGCUAGAUGUGAUAAUCAAUAAGGAGGCGAAUACUCGAAAGGAUGGUGGGACCUUGGAUGACUCAGAAAUUGAAGUCUGCAAAAGGGUAAGGAACAAAAUAUAUGGGAUCUUACUGAAGCAUGUUGAGAGAAAUGCUAUGGCUUUUGGAAGUAGUAGUUAAUUCCAAUUAAAUGCCUGGAGAUAUCAAACUUGAAGACUGUAUAUUGAAGCCACAAAAUUCAGAUAUAAGGUCAGUGGUUGCUACGUAUGUAAAUGAGGCUGAAAAUGUAUAAAUGCAUAAAUCUUCUCCUUCAGAUGAUUAUUGCAUCAUUCUUUUUCCAUUUCCACUCUCCGGAAUACUUUAUAUUUCUUAGUGUAUCUUAAUAGUGUUGUCUGCGCAGAAAUCCUGUAAAUAUAACUUCAAGGGAAUGUGCAAUACAGAUACUGGGUUUGUUGUUGU